ACCGUUGUAUAGGCUUCACUUCGCAAAGGCAAAAGCCUUAAGGAUUUCAAUUUUUUUGAUUUCUCUACGACUCCUUCGCCGGAUCGAUUUUUGAGAUCGAAGGUUGUAUAAGAAGACUCAUUGUGAUCACAGAGAGUUUCCGACAGAGGAGGAUCUCGCUUCUACAACAUAAUCAUCUCUCUUCAGACUCCGAGAGAAUUCAGAGUGUCUAAAGACUUCAGAUAGGUUUAAUAUUCUUUGGAUUGGUCUUGGAUAGUGAUCAUUUCAAACAAUACCACGAACUCCUCUCGCAAAUGUUUCCUGCAAAACAAGUAGUGUCAUAACUCAUAGGUAAUAUAGUAUCAGAGAAUCAUUACUGAAAUAGUCUUUUAUACAUACUGUAUAUCUAAAUUCGUGUUUUCUUACCCCCAUCAUCUUAACCCACUGAACUACCGAGCCAAAUUGGUAUUUCUUUGGUUUGUAAGAUAAUCUUAAGUUUGGUACAUUGACAAGAAUGAAUAAUCAUCUCCAAGAGAACCUGAAGGAUACAAAAGGAUCACACAGCUGAAGUUACCUCCGGAAGUUGGAUUAAAUUCUGGAAAUCCUCUUUUGCAGUUGGUUCUUUGGCAAAAACAUCAGAAACAUAAAGAGAAGUGGUAACAGGGGUAGGCGUUUUGCAUCUAUGCAUUGCGCAGGCUUUCCAGCACCUUGUCUCCUCCCAUUGUGAAGUAUGUAGUGUUAGAAAAACCUGUAUCAAGCUUCUUACCUUUGCCUCGGUCAAAAUCUGUGUCAUCAUGCUCAAGACCUUACCAAUGAGCUUCUCCAUAUCAUCACUGUAAGAAACCGGAUGAAUCUGAUCAUGUGUGUGCCAGAUGAGGUCAACAUCAUAAGUCUGAACACAAAACCGUCAGAUAGAGAAACCCCUUAUAUCUCUUGUAGAAAAAUGUCAUUGGGACCUCGAAACCGUGGCAAAGAACACAAUAGAAACAGAAUCAGGAACAAGAGUUGGUAUUUGCGGUUAUGAUGAUGAUUCAGUGAAGAAUCAAUUUCAAGCUACCUGGUAGUAAAAUGGUGUUGUAAACACUAAUUUAUGGAAUAGUGAUCAAAAGUAAUAUCGUUAGUGGUACUCAUUCGAUAAAUCUAUUUAUGUUUAUCUUCUCCGCUAUGGAGUUGCAUACAUAAAGCAUUAUCUUGUCUUUACAGUGGUACAGUUGGUCCCUCUCAGCGAAUUAUUGAACUUCUACGUUUUGCGAAUUCAAUUUCUUCAUUAGGGAGUGUCUCACUUUAAUUUGGAAGAGAGGAAGAGAGACUUAUCCAAAACAGCUAAGCUACUGCAUGGAGCAUUCUAGCGAUUUGACUGCUGAAGCCAUGAUGCUUGACUCCACUGAAGCUUCUGAUCUCGACGAAGAAGAAGAGCGUCGUCCUGAGGUACUCUCUUUAAUCCCACCAUAUGAAGGCAAAUCUGUGCUGGAACUUGGAGCUGGUAUUGAUCGUUUCAUUGGUGAAGUGGCUCAGAAGGCUGGUGAAGUUAUCGCCCUUGACUUCAUUGAAAGCGCCAUUCAGAAGAAUGAAAGUGUUAAUGGGCAUUACAAGAACGUUAAGUUUAUGUGUGCUGAUGUAACCUCGCCAGACUUGAAAAUAGCAGAUGGAUCUGUCGAAUUGAUUUUCUCAAAUUGGUUGCUCAUGUAUCUCUCUGACAAAGAGGUGGAACUAAUGGCUGAGCGAAUGCUUGGAUGGGUAAAGCCAGGGGGAUACAUUUUCUUCAGAGAAUCUUGCUUCCAUCAAUCUGGGGACAGCAAGCGUAAAUCGAGCCCCACCCACUACCGUGAACCAAGAUUCUAUACUAAGUUCAACAGUUCUUCAAAGAAUGCCAGACACGUGAGGCUUCUGGCAAAUCAUUUGAACUCUCUAUGUUUGGCUGCAAAUGCAUUGGGGCUAUGUGAAGAACAAGACGAAUCAGAAUCAGAAUCAAGUUUGAUAAGGCUUUAAAAGCGUGUAUAUCAACAGUUCAACAGUUCUUCAAAGAAUGCCAGACACGUGAGGCUUCUGGCAAAUCAUUUGAGCUCUCUAUGUUUGGCUGCAAAUGCAUUGGGGCUAUGUGAAGAACAAGACGAAUCAGAAUCAGAUAACAAAAAUUUUCUUUAUCAGAUAGUUGAUUUUUCUUAUCAUAUGAUCCCACUGAGUUAUUAAAUUUAUCAUCUAUCUGAUGGCAGAUUUGCUGUUUGCUGGAUUUGGCAAAAAGUUAGCUUGGAGAAUGACAAGGACUUCCAGCGUUUCUUGGACAAUGCUCAAUACAAGUCUAGUGGGAUCUUGCGCUAUGAGCGUGUCUUUGGGGAAGGAUAUGUCAGCAUUGGUGGAUUUGGUAAUUCCAUCUUUAAUUCUUAUCUUCAUAAGGAUACAUGUGUUUGUCAAUGUUCACCUACCUCUUGUCUCUAAGUUUUUGGCUACCUUAACAAAGACAACUAAAAAAUUAGUGGCAAAGAUGGACCUUAACCCUGGACAGAAAGUUCUAGAUGUUGGUUGUGGUAUCGGUGGAGGUAACUUCUAUAUCCUGAGGAUUUCGAUGUUCAUGUUGUUGGAAUUGAUCUAUCGGUCAACAUGAUCUCUUUCGCUUUGGAGCGUGCCACUCGCCGUGACACUAAUCUGCACAUCCAAGUAUUAGCCAACGCUAUUUAAAACAUUAUCGUUCUUUCACUCUUGAAAAUGCUUUUUGGUUACUCUGUUCAGGACAAGCCAGCACUAUUCAGGACAUUCUUCAAGUGGCUUAAACCAGGUUAUAAAGUUCUCAUCACCGACUAUUGCAGAAGUGCAGAAACUCUGUCUCAGAGCACAUAGAACGAAAAGGAUUUGAUCUCCAUGAUGUUCAAGCUUACGGAAAGGUUUAUUUUAUUUUUUUCAUAUUUUAUCAUGAUUCAUUCAACCUUCUACUGUACUUGUAGAUGCUGAAAGAUGCAGGCUUUAAGGAUGUGAUUGCCAACGACCGUACUGAUCAGCUACCGGAAAUUAUAGUGUACUUGACAUGCAAGUAAGUGGAGACUAACACCGGUUUUCCCUUGAAAGUAGUCGCGCGACCGUUAUUAUCAUCACUGUAUUUUCUGGCGACAAUAACCAACACCGGCAACGGCAACAUUAAGAAAAUGAGUGGCAUAGACACUUUUAGUAAUUCCUUACCGACGUUUAAUUUUUGGUCGCUAAAAGUAAUCGCAGCGACAUCAUAACAAACGGGGCCAUAACCAUUUUUUGCAGUUUGUAAAAGUCCUCAGCCGUGAAUUAGAAAAAGAAGAGUUAAUCAACGACUUCUUGGAAACAGGUCGCAAUCAACAACAAAAAUAAAGAAAGGAAAGUCUCCCUCGAUCUAGAGAGGGAUCAUUCGAAUUCUGAAAUCUGUUUGAAAAGUGCUCCCUUAUCAACUCUGGUUUGCAACCUAAAAAAGAGGGAAACAACAAAGAUUAGUAUCCAUCCUGUUCAUGAAGAUUAUACACAACCGUUAACUAUCUGCCUUUUUAAUAUGAGAAUAUCCGCUAAGCAAGCAUCAGAAGAGAAACAUACAUACAGUGGGAGGCUGAAGAGCAUGCUCUCAUUUCUUCUUCUUUGAAUGAUCUGGAAUCAGGUUCAGAGAAGGCCGUGCUUGUUCUGCAGGUGCACCAUCCGCUUGAGAUGGAGAUGAUCCGGAAGCACAUUUCAGUUUACAAGCAGGGUCUCUGAUGCUUUUCCUUUUUUGAUUUGCUACAAAUUUGAAUGGUACAGAGCUUGUAGACAUUUACAACCAAUCUAGCGGUUCCAGCUUUCUGAGGGUUGACUAUCUUGUUCUUCCGCUUCUUCACCUUUGCAGCUUUAAAUUUCGAGUGUGCAACAGGAAUUGCUUCAGAUUCACGACAGAUACCUUCUCAGUAGAUGCAAAAAGAUGUGGAUUCUCAGAAAUGUAUAAUUUCCUCUCCCUGACCUUUCUCUAAAAAUAUAUAGUUUGCAACGGAGUCAUUCUCUUCAUCUCUGCAACUUUUACGGCCUUCUUAUCCUCGAAGUACUGAUUAGUUUUCUCUAGGCUCUCUUCAAUAGAGAAGAGGAAGAAAGGGAUACGGUCUGCUAUUUGAGGAGAAUUCUGUGGGCAAAGGUUGAAAGAAAGUUAGAAUAUUUCAGAUGAGGUGAAGACGUUAAAGUUAAGAUUUAACACAAUCAUUAUCACCUGCUUAAGUUCAGAUUCAGGUCCAAGUGAGCUGGACGAAGAUACUGGUUCUGGUUCUGUAGAAGAUGGCUGUGGACAAAGGUAAAACCAAGUUAGAAUAUUAAUAAUGAGGAGACGACACGACGACACUAAGAAGGAAGAGACGUACGACGGAGGGUACUGUAGAGAUCGAAUGGAUCCACUCUUUUGAUUCGAAGAAGAGGCAGAGAGGAGACAUGGCGGAGGGUAGACGAGGCGGUGGCAGUCUCCUCGAUGACGACUGCAUUGUGUAGAAUCAAGGAAGCUUUUUUUUUUUUGGGUGUGUGGCGCGGGUGCAAAGGCAAUCGAAGAAGGUAAACGGUUUUUUUUUUUUCCUUUAAGAAACCAGGUUUUAUUAAUGGGCUUUCCCAAUUGGGCAAGGCCUUGUGAAGAUACAUAUUCAGACCAAAAGGAAACAACACAACAACAAGCCCAUCUCCGAAAACGGGCUCUUCUCCUGCCAACGCUUUCGUAAUAUCUAAGAUGAUACCUCUUACUCUUGCCAAGGUUUUUCGUUACAAAUUCACCUCUAUCAAAAUGGCUUCCAACAACCCAUUGAGAGAUUGUGUCCAAAAGCUGUAGGAGUAUCUUCGACCGAAUGUUGAAGCGAGAAAGGAACAUAGAAGCCAUAUAGCAUUCAAUUAAGCAUGAGUAUGAGGACUAUUGGUUCUAAGAUAAUUAAGCGACAAGAGAUCGAUGAUCUUGAAGAGAGGGCGUUAAAAGAGAGGGCGUUAAAAACUCAAGAGUACAGAGACUGCUUCCCUCGCACUUUGGUAAGAAGAUUUUGUGAAAAGAAUGUGCAGUAAGCAAUGGGUUUUAUGAUGAUGAUAUCUCAGAAGAUGGUUGUAGCCCUUUCAUCAAAAGGGAAGCUCAUAUCUGUUAUCAAUGAAGUUGAGAAUUAGGCAAUAGCGCAGAGAUUGUUGGAUGAGAUCGCAAAAACAGCAAUAUUAUAAUUACGUGUAGUCCGCAAAUCUAACGUUUAUGAUUAUGAGUUCCGAUAUAAUCAUUAUGAAGUUUCUCAUACAGAUUUCUA